AUGGCUGGAAACAAUACUGCUAUAGUUGGAAUGUUGGUUGCUGCUGCUGCAGCUGGUGCAACUGAUAUUGUUGGUUAUUGCUGCUGUUGUGGACUACCUGCUCUGUUGGAAACUGUGUGUAGAGCCCUAAGUUUCGAAGCCCUAAGUUUCGAAACAACAUUGUCUCUAUCUCUCUCACGGAGGCGAGCGACGAGCGGCAAUCGGCGAUCUCACUACUUUUCUGUUCUUGGGUUAUUAACUCCUCCUGACACCCCUCUCUUCUCUUAUUUGGAUGAUGAGAAGCCUCCGGUUACACUUGCUCAGAGGGGAAGACCUCAAAGUCAACCCAUCACAAUCUCAAGAUCAUCCACGAUGGGAAAGAAUCGCAAAAGUAGUAGAGGUAGUCCGAGCCCAAAUCGCUUAAGCCCUUCUCCACGGUCUGGGAAUAGUACUUUCCAUACGAGGGGAAGCCCAUCUUCAGCAGCUCAUUCUAGUCCAACUCCUAGUGUUUGCUAUGCUACCCCAUCACAGAGACCAUCUCCCCCACCAAAUAAACCAUCAACACCUGCUCCAAGGUCUUCGACACUGACUCCUCGGAGGAUAAGUACGGGGUCUGGUGGUAUUGUAUCUUCAUCUGGGAUAACGGGUAUCUCCCCUGUAAAUAAAAGUCGAGGAAACUCCGCGUCACCAAAAAUAAGGGCAUGGCAAACAAAUAUUCUCAGUUUUUCCUUGGAUGCACCUCAUAAUCUACGUACUUCAUUGGCUGAUCGACCAGCAUCAUAUGUGAGGGGUUUCUCACUUGCAUCCCGAAAUGGUAGGGAUUCGUCUUCCAGAGGCAGACAGUCAAUGUCUCCAACUGUUUCUAGAAGUGUCAGUUCAUCACAUAGUCAUGAUCGGGACCGAUUUAGCUCUAAGAGUAAAGGUUUUGUUGCAUCAUCUGGUGAUGAUGAUGUAGACUCCCUACAAUCUGUUCCUUUGAGUAGCUCAGACUGCUCAGCUUCAAGGAGAGUUGGUGCAUUUCCAACUAGCAGAGCUCCAGCCUUUUCCAAGAAGCCCACUCGAACAGGGCUAUCAAGUCUGCUCCAAAAAGAUCUUUUGACUCGGCACUUCGACAAAUGGGUUUGUAAUUGGCUACCGGAUGACUUGAAGGAAGAAUAUCUGCAUAGUGUGAAAGUAGUGCAGAAGGCGAUGUUGAGAGCUGUAAUUUUCCCUUGUCUUUCCAUUCUGUUCAUUUGAAAUCAUUUGUGCCAUGGCAGACAUGAAGAUGUGAAUAAGAUAUAUGUGUUUAUUGCUAUACUUUAGUGAGAUGAUGUUAGUGAUGCUCUUUCUUCUGUUAGCUUUAUAUUAUUGCUUAGUUAGUCUUUCUUGUACAAUGUAUGACAGCAAAAAGAAGAAAAUGGAAGAUCAUUUUCAUAUUUUUAA